UGGGUUUAACAGGCACUAAACUUGGAUGUGGCGAAGGCGGCUGUGGAGCAUGUACAGUCAUGAUCUCUAGAUACGACCAUAAAAUGAAAAAAAUCAAGUAUCCUUUAUAUGAAAUAGCAAGAAUUUGAAAUUAAAGAAAGUAAGCAUUUGUUUAUUAUAUAAGGAGACUCUUGAGAAGUGUUGCAGUUUCCACAUCCUAUAAGCCCCAUUAGGAGUGCUUCUCUUAAUUGACAGCAACAACACAUUAACCCUUUCACUCCCACAAGUGACCAAGAUAGAUUUUCUCCUUACAAUAUCAAGACAAUAUCAAGCAGACAAGUGAUGAGGAUAAAGUAAAAUAACAGAUAAGAGAAUAUAAGUUGAUCCAAUACCAAAUUCUCCAAACUAAUAUCACCUGUCUGUAUGUCAGACAGUAACACCUAGACUUGGGUGAUCUUACUCAGCUGGUUGUCGUUUCAGCCGAGAAAAUGUAAUUUCAAGUUUGAAAAAAUGCUUGCUUUUUUGCUGAUAGGGGUUUUGUCAUUCUACCAUUCACACAAAUGUCUACUCUCUUUUAUGGUCUCUUAUUAUAAGUUGCGCUGACGGGAAAUUUUCAGUGUGUUCUGUGUAAAAGACGUGAUUUCUAACUGUGAGGAUGUGUCAGGAUUUCCCUUACGGGAAAUUUCCAAUCCAGGUAGUUGUUUUGCAAAAUGAUCUAUUAAUCAGUUUCUAGCUUUUGGUACCUUAACAAUUGGCUCGGUUUUAACUAUGGUGUAAAAGGCCAUCAAUAACACGGAGAUCCUUUCAGCACUCGACUUCUAAGCUGGACACGUAGUCCGCUAGGCCGACCAACCCUUAACAUCAAAGUAAAAAAUUUUGUUUCAGUGCUGUAGAAGUACUAAUUAAAUUCACUUUAAGCCUGAGAUUUUUCGGAAAAAAGUCAAACUUUAACCUUAAAAAGACAUUUCUCAGCAAAUGGCUGUUUGAUGCCAUUGUGUGCAGUCGAUGGAAUGGCUGUAACCACAGUGGAAGGAAUUGGAAGCACCAAAACUGUCUUGCAUCCUGUGCAGGUAAAAACAGGUUUGGCUUGUAUGGCCAGUUUGGUAGGUCCCUCUGUCAACAAUUUAAAAAUUCAAAACAAAUUUUGAUGAGAUCAGAACAUGCUCAAGAUCGAUCAUAAUUUGGAAGGGACAAAGAAAAUAAUUUUUUUCCCCUUCAGAUUGUUUAGUUCAGUUUCUGGCUUCCAUGUGGUUUCUCGCGAACACCACAGCUGAUUUAUUCAAUGGUUUGACAUGGUGUGACUGAAAUUUAGAACUUUUAAGUUUGUAGUUGUCUGCUUUCUAUUAUGUACCCUAGGAACGGAUCGCAAAGUCUCAUGGUUCGCAGUGUGGAUUUUGUACUCCGGGAAUUGUGAUGUCAAUGUACACGUUGUUGAGGAACAACCCUUUGCCAUCGUAUAAAGAGAUGGAAAGUGCAUUUGGGGGUAAAAGCUUUACAUUCUGUAAUGCGCAUAACGCGGACUUUUGAAUUCUCCUGGAUGAGAGAAAGGCACGAAGGAAGAGACAGGUUUUAGGCUGGUUUUGAAAAUCAAACAGAAUAAAUCUGUAAUAAGAACGUCGUCGCAAUUAUUCUUACUCAAAUUUGUAUCUGCAGGUAACUUAUGUCGUUGCACUGGCUACAGACCAAUUGUAGAGGGUUUUAAAACGUUCACAAAGGUUAGUGCUGGUCAAUCAUUUCACUCUGACGAUCUUUUUCCAAGGGUCUCUCUUCCUACCCUCCCCUCCCAUUCCUAGGGCGAGAAGAAGAGAGUGCCCAAGAAGUACGUAAGCAGCGCCACAACGUCAUACAUUCACCCUAACAGUUCCCGUUUUCCAUCCUGGAAAGUAUAUGACGAGAACGCACCACAAUAAGUGAGAUUUCUUCGCUAUCUUUCGCAUAUAAAAUUCUCUCCUGUGGAUUAUUUCUCGUCAGUUUGGUUAUCGCCUUCAAAUAAUGAAAAUAACAACAGCCAGGGAACUAGUCUGCCACGACUAAAUAAUCGAUAUCAUCCUCUCCUGUUCAAAAGGUCUGGUUCCAUACAUUUUUUUUAAACGCACAGAAAUUGCAUUAUUAAGAAACGUAAACCUUCGUCCAUACCUUCUCAUCUGUUCCAGGAAUGUUGCGGCAAAGGUGGAAACGGAUGUUGCCUUGACAAUAAUUUAAAUAUUACCGGAGAAAACGUAGACAAUGUAAGUUCAGAUUUGAGUAAAGUGGGUAGGUUUCUACAGAAACUGGUGCUCCGUUGAUGGGGGGGGGGGGGGGUGGGAAAAACCCUAAAAGCGCGUUUUGGUCGUCCGUGUUUUGGUAGUUCGCGUUUUGCUUGUCCCCGUUUUGGUCGCCCGCGUUUUUCUGCGCUUGUUUUUGCUUGUUUUAGCUUUGAAUUAUCAUAGGCCCCUCGUGAUAUUUUUUUUGUUCUAAUACUGACCGUUAUGAUUACUCUAGAUUCGGUUUACGACACUCGAUUGAAAAGCGCUGUAAUGGAUCUUCUGAUGUUAAAAUUCACGACAAAAAUGUGUUGGGUUCAGGAGAAAGAACGAUUGGUUUUGUCUUAAAGAGUUUCUUGCAUACUUACCAACUCUUCGCCCCUUAUUUCAUCUCUCAGGAGUCAACCAGUGGACUUGUCAAGCCUGAAGAGUUUACACCAUACGAUCCAACACAGGACGCGAUCUUUCCACCAGAGCUGAUGGUAAGCCAACUUGCAAAGCAGGUACAACUCCACUACGUGUUUCAGGCGAACGGAGGUAACUGCACAACACGCUCGGGUACACACUCCUCUUUUCGCACGCGAUUCGCCUUUUAAACUUUCCUCGCGUUUGCCUCAAACAUCAAACCCCUCUAUCGGGCUAGUUGUAAGCUUAUGAUGUCUCUUUUUGUUGUUGUUUCGUUUUUCUGUUGCUCUUUUUUUUUUUUUUAUAAAUGGAAGCGCUUGAAAUGCCAGAUAGCCCUAAACAGGCGCGCAUAAAGAAGAAAAAAGGCUCUUCAAUUUUUCUCGCAGAAAGAAUCUUUCAUACCACUGUGUUUUUAUUGUUUUGUGUCUUAUAAGCUUCCAGAUGCUAUCAAGCCAAGACGUUUGCACAUUAAAGGAGACCUUGUUACUUGGAUCAGACCCACAACUUUGGAGGAAUUGUUGGAACUCAGAGCAAAAUAUCCGCAAGCUAAACUUGUGAUUGGUAACACUGAAAUAGGUAAUAAACCUAACAACCUGAAUAGAAUUCUUCGUUGAUAUCGGUCUAUAUGCAAACUAGUUGAGGCAGCUGAAUGACCGAGAAAGAAAUCAGACGUUGUAAGGUUGAAAUUUAAAGAAAGGUGUAGUAUCAAUUAUACCAGGUUUAUGUCGUCACCAUACUGAUAUUUUCCCAGCCUUUUCCCUUUUGUCCCAGUCAGUUUUGAUAUUUUCUCCAGCCUUUUCCUAACAACCUGAAUUUCUUUUGUCCCAGUCUUUCAAGUUGCAUGAUAUUUUCUUGAAAUUUAAAGAAAGGUCGUCCCAUCAUUUUGUGGUCGUCCCAGUUUUAAAUAUUUUCAAAAUUCGCGUAUUUCAAAAUUAUUUCAUAUUUGCAGGAAUUGAGGUAAAAUUUAAAAAUCAGAAUUAUCCAAUCCUGAUAGCUCCUUCUCACAUCCCGGAGUUGAAUGCUGUCGAACACACUGCAGAGGGCAUCAGGUUUGGUGCGUCUGUGACAUUGUCUACCUUGGAGGAGGUUCUCAGUGAGGCUUGUCAGUUUAUGCCAGGUAUUUAAGAGAAACUUAAUUUUAUGCCCCUUCCACUCAAAGGGAACCUCUAUUGUUCGAACAAAUUGUCUUUAACUUAUCUCUGAUGAAAAUGUUAGUCGGCGUAAUUGGGAGUAAAGUAGUUCGUGUGAGGAAAUGCGCUUAGGUGAAUAUGAAGUUGUUCGCGUUUUGAUUGGUCGAUAUGGUGAUGAUCGUUUUCGGACUCAGCUCAUGCAAAGUAAUUUGCUUAACAUAUUAUGUAAAAAAGUUAGUCAGAAACCUUUGGUUACACGUCUGUAUGGAAUUUUUUCUUAAACGAAUUGCUUGUAUGAGGUGAUAACAUUGUUAUUCACAUGAACUUGCACUUCCCGACCCACCCCAUCCCCCAAUGCUUUACCAUUGGGCCUACAAAGAAAAUUUGUAGUGAACCAGACGGUUCGGAACGUGACAAACGUCCUGCGUACUGCUAGGAUCGCAAUAUCCUUAUCAUUCAUUUCCUGCUCUAUAGAAUGCAAGACCAGAUGGUUUACAACAAUACUUCACAUGCUCAAGUGGUUUGCUGGUCAUCAGAUUAGAAAUGUUGGGGUGAGUAUGCUGCUGAUGUUUUCACAUCUCGUCAAUAAACUCCGUUGGAGUGAACUGUUCUACGACUUUAUCGAUUCCUCUAACGAUGUUUCAGUCCACUUAAGAGAAACUAGACAGUUUUUAGAUUCUUUAACCUGAUAAUACGUUAACCAGAGAGUAAUCAAAACACUAAUUUUUUAUUCCAUCUAAGCCGUCAUCAGGCUUUCAAAUCCGCCAAAACUCGACCUGAGACCCCAAGCAGACGCUAAAGUAACACGCAAGAGAUCGUCUGUUCUUCUAAUCUUACCUCUAAAACUGUUUUUCGUUUGUUUAUUUUGUGUCAGGCCAUAGGUGGAAAUAUCAUGACCGCAAGUCCGAUAUCAGACCUAAAUCCAGUUCUAAUGGCGGCAAGAUGUACUUUGAUUUUGGCGAGUGCUGGAGGUAUUGGUUAUCAUAAACCUGCCUAAUUUAUAUGCUUUUUUUUAUUUAUCUAUCUAUCUGUUCACUUCUGUCUUCUUAAAAAAUCAUAAUUUGUUCUUAUGUAUUACAAACUUACAGGGAAAACAAGGUCGGUCAAAUUGGAUGAGAAUUUCUUCACGGGAUACAGAAAAACUAUUUUAGGUUCAACCGAGGUGUUGGUCAACGUUCUGAUUCCAUUUUCGAAGGAGGUAAUAAUUUUCUAUCAACAAUAUCUAUAUUUUCAGGAGUUUGAAAUUAGAGCAACAUCCGUUGCUUGUGCGCCCUCUGUUAGCACUGAUCCCACUGAUUGGUUUUGUUCCAGGAGAACAGUCCGAUGAAAAAGGUUGUUCUUUAGCGGACAAGUUGUUAUUUAUCGCUUGAGGAGGGAGGGUGGGGGCGAGUGGAGAUUUUUUGGGGGAGUGCGGGUGGAGGACUUUGGUAAGGGGGGGAGUGGAAAAUUUUGGUGGGCGGGGUGAGUAGAGGAUUUUGGUGGCAGGGGGGGGGGGGGGCGACGAGGAGGAUUUUGGUGGGGGGUUAGUGCAGGAGGGGGAUUACAUGGCUUUCAGGGGGAACAGAAGGAGGAUCAGUCGUCGCCCAACAAAGUAUAAAGGAGGAAUACAGAAAAUAUAUGUAUCUGCCCUAUAAUAAUAUUAUCAGAGCCUUAUGGGGGCAUGAGGAAAAUUUUGUCGUGACAUAACCAGCAUCCUCCGACCCACUGUCCCCCGCGGCGAUAAAUUAUGACCGAUCUCUUACAAAAAGUAACUUAUGCAUUUUUUUUGAAAGUAAAUAGCGCUCCUUUUUUUAUGUUUCACUUUUUCAACUGUCAUAAAAAGCAGCGUAAUCUUAAUGCCUGUUUCGUUACGUUUAACAGCGCGAACACAUAUUCGCUUUUAAACAAGCUCGCAGGCGAGAGGAUGACAUUGCCAUAGUAAAUACAGCCAUGAGAGUGCAGCUUGAAAAGCAAACAAACGCAAGUUCAUGGCAAAUCAUGGACUGCAGUUUCACUUUCGGAGGAAUGGCUCCCACAACAGUAAUGGCCUUGAGAACCAUGAAGAGCUUAACUGGGAGGUAAGGACUGGGUUCCCUUAACACUUUGCUGUGCCUUUUGCAUUGAUACUCAUCAGUACCCUGGAUGAAGAGAGGCUCUGUCGGGGUAAAAUGUCUCGCCUGUACUCGCCUAAAACUCGGAACUCUGACCUUCACAUCAGGAGUCCGCGGGUCAACCACGAGAUCACCGCAUCCUUUAUAGCGUGCGCACCCUCAUUUGCGCUGCAGGACGUGCGUUUCUCACCUCCUUACCCCCCCACCCUCGCAGGUAGAUUUGAGACGAAUCGGGAAAAGUUUGCCGAGGGUCUGGCACUAGUACUUAGUGCCAGACCUCUUGCAGACCUUUGCUCCAGGCCUCAUCCUUUCCCGCGGACGAAGAGAAGCUCGUGUUGAAGUGCCUAUAGUUUGGGCUUGCUCGCAGGUUACAUCACUCACCAAUAAUAAACCUUCCCUACUGUUAUUCACGCACAGAACCUGGAAUGAAAAUAUCGUACAAGAAGCUUGUCAGUUGUUAGCAGGAGAUCUGCCGCUUGCACCCGGAGCACCCGGUGGUCAGGUCGAGUACAGGAGAUCGCUCGCCUCAAGCUUUUUUUUCAAGUUCUAUCUGAAUGUCUCUCAGCAGCUUGGCCAUGAAGAGGUCAGCACUCAGGAUUUUAUUUUAUAACUAACCUUGAUUCUUUAUCACUAAUCUUUAUCACUGACCUUAAAGUGCUAUAAUGAACCAUUAUUCAACAAAGUGGAGGUGUCACGGCUCGUCAAACAUCCACAACUUUCACCGACGCUGAGGUUAAUAAUUGUUUUAGUAUACACCACACUUGUACCCAAAGAAUUAGUUUGUUUCUCUUAAUAUACCGAAAAAUGGUCGAAAAUCACACUCUUGACGCGCGUUUUUGUCUCAUCGGCUGUUCGGAGGUGAAUAAUAUUUACCUUUCACUUCCGAACUAGCCAAUCAGCUCGCGCGGAAAGUAUGUAUCUAUCUCGCACCAAUCAGAUCGCCGCAUUAGGGUAUGUAUCUCGCACCAGUCAGAAUUGCCGCAUUAGGGUAUUUAUCUCGCACCAAUCAUAUCAUAGCAUUUAAAUAUCCUGCACCAAUCACAGCGUUUGGGUAUUGUUUUCUUGUAAAUGAUGUCAUGGAUCAAAGAAUGACAUUAACCAGAAAUUUUGGGCUCGAUUAAGGUCGAGAUAUCCGGAUAUGAAGGGGACGCUUUUAAAAUUUUUAAGUUAAAACGUGUCUUUUUAUAUUUUUUUAGGUAACUAACUUUAGACGAAUAAUUUUGAUUUUGUCUCUGUUGGAGGAACGGCAGUAAGCGUAGUCUCUUUCGAAAUCGUUAUUUGGUCUCGUCACGCAACGCACUCUCUCUCAAACGGGAAAUCCAGGGCGUUUUGUGAGGAGACAAAACAACUGCGAAGGAGACAACAGUAAGCGUGGCACCGAUGGGUUUUAUUUUAACUUAGAAGUAUUUAGAUUAUAGAGACAGUAGAUCACAUAAUAUCUGUGUGAGUUCAGAUAAAUUGGGUUGUUUUCUGUCUUUCUGCGAUAUUUUCGUUUUUUGAAAGUAAUGCUCUUUUCGGUGACAAAACUGAAAACAUUAAGUACACAAACUGUCCCAUCUCAACCCACCCAGCCAAAAAAUAGCUCUUGCAUGCUAGGCGUGCCUAUGUUUAGUAUCGAUGUAGCUUAGUAUUUGAGCAACUCCACACCUAUCUCUCCUCUCCCCAAUGACAAUCAACUGAUAACAAGUUAAGGUUAAUGUUGGGUUAGUGGAGAGGUGGGUACACAGUCGCUAUAGAUACUGACAUUGAUCCAAUUUUUACACAUAUGUUUUAAUAGGAAAUUCAGCCCGUCUUGGGCGAUUUUGUACCCAAAAGCUAUGGGACAGGAAGAAAUUUUUUUCGCCGAGAAGAUACCCGGAGCAUACAGACUUUCCAGGUAAACAAAGGGUUGAAUUCAAUUUCUUGUUGUUUAAGAGUGUAGUUUGCAAGCCAAAGUCUGGGAAUCAUAUGCCGGUAUGACGUGUAAUGGCAAUGUACAGUAACCUAUCAAAGUACGAGCCUCGUUCAACAACGUUUUUCUUCAGAGUUAGUGUAAACGUGCAAGAAGUAAUCCUCAGAGCUCCGCGUCUAGGAUUUAGAUGGUAUGCUGUGACUUAGAUUGACAAACAGAGUUAGAAAAUCGUUUUGAAAGUCUCGGCAAGUUGUCGAUAUUGUUGUUGUUUUUGUUUGUUUGUUUGCAUAUCCAGACAAGUAAAUAUUUUCUAUACUCCUCUCAUUUACUCCCUCCGAUUUUGGUUGAUUCAGGAGGUGCCCGACGAUCAGUUCGAGGAAGAUUUAGUUGGCAGGCCUGUGACUCACUUGGCAGCUGCCAAACACGCCACGGGGGAGGCAGUUUAUUGUGAUGACAUUCCUCAAUAUGCAGGUACAGUUAACCCUGAGACCAUAAAAAAUAUGGUUGGAAUCCCUGUACCUGAAUUAGUAUGUGCAAUGCGCCGUCAACAGGCUACAGAAUCAAGUGUGCCGAAUUUCCAUUUCGCAUUCUCUCUGGAAUGAGUUUUUUUCUUCUAUAACAUUUUUGAAUGGGAUGAAAAGGUUGUGUAAAGCUUCUACAGCGAGUUCAGCCGUCCUGAUAGAGAACACUAUAGUAACUGAUAAGUACAGCUCUAUCGGACAACCCGCAAAAUCCAGUGGAUUUAAAGCACCAGAACAUUUAGUUGAAUGACUGAGCAUCUAUAAACACUAGAAAAUCGAUGUAAGCUAUGUAUGGCUGAAAACAAUGUUUAGACCUUAACGUCAAUCAGGGGUUACUUCAACAAUCUUAGUCCCUUAUGCUUUGCGAAAUACGAUUUUUCCUAUUUACAAAUAACUUUUUGCAUAACCUCGAUUUUACCAUUCUUCGGUUUGUUCAGAAGUAGGUCAUCGAACUUUCUGAGUAAGAAAGUAUGUCAUCUGUUUUGAUGUGCUGUCUUUUCACAGGAGAACUGUAUUUGGGGAUUGUUUGGAGCACACGUGCACAUGCCAAUAUUGUGUAAGUACUUAAGAAUUUUCUUCCUCGCUUCACACUUUUACUAAAACAUCUGGUGAUAGCAUCUGUGAAAGUCUCUGAAUGAAAUCAGAUUUCGUUAAUCACUGGACAGAUACGAAGCAAAGCAAUGUUAAGUAACUGUAAGGUUGAUAGAAUUUUCAAGCAAAAUAAUCCCACAUUUGCCUUUACUAGCCGCGGCUAGAGGUGAGGGGUAUAAGAUUGUCGGGUUGUAUUGCCUUAUAAUUUAUAACAAACCCAAACGGUUUGGGUUUGUUAUAAAUUGUUUUGUCAACUAAUGCAGAAGUUAGGUUUAGUGUCAGGUUAGGGGAGGGGUAGGUGCGCAUGCAGUUGCUCACAUACUGACAUUGAUCCUUUUCCUUUUAGUUCUGUAGACCCGGGAGAAGCGUUAUGUCUCCCAGGAGUGAAAGCGUACAUUAGCGCAGAAGACGUCCCUGGAGAUAACGUCACGGGGUAUGCUGCAGAUGAUGAGGAGAUUUUUGCAACAGAGAAGGUGUGUAUCUUACUCAAUGAUUUCACACGUAGGAUAUGAAUGCUCUAAUAAUGUAUGGUUUUGUUUCUCAGGUGUCUUGCGUCGGACAAGUCAUAGGGGCAAUAGCUGCUGAAACUCAAGCCCAGGCCCAAAGAGCAGCCAAGAUGGUAAAAGUAACAUACAAAGACUUACCAAGAAUACUGACCAUUGAGGUGGGCGGCAACUUCAACAUUGCUGGAAAGUUCUGUUAACAAUUUUGUGUUACAUCUCCACCAUCAUCAAACUUCUGAGACAGCGCUCCUGAAGCACAAAAAAAUAAACUUUAAGUUUCGUGGCUUAUAUUGAACUUUGAGGUGCUAAUUAUUGCCAUUUGCCAUCUGCCAUUAUGUGUGUAUAUAAGAUGGCAAUGCUUUGUCUCUGAAAGUGUUUAGAUUGACUCUUGAAAUCAGCCAUUUUAGAAGCAGCACUAUGUUAGCGGUUUUGAAAUCUGAAAGAUCUCGGCUUGAAUCACCUUGUGACCACAACAUCGUCACUAGCAAUCACUCUUGGAAGAGUAAUCACGACUUUUAUCACUCUAACUACUGUUGUUAUCACCCCCGACGCGCCUUGGAAAGGUCAUCACGAUGAUUGAGGAAAUCAUAUCCGGACCGCGAUCACGGGUUUGAUAUUUGAUCACAAUGAGAUCACAGGAUAUUUUUACCAGGGCUUUUCUACUUAAUUUGCCCGGGCGAUCACAAUGGACUAAGUACUAAUAUGACCACUUUCAGCUCAUUCAUAGUAAAACUCACAAGUUCUUCGCGCCACUUUUCGAAACAAGUCAUUAAUCCUUAACUCGCUGUUUUACAGGAGGCUAUAGCGGCAGAUUCUUUUUACGAUUGUGAACUGAGCAUCGAGAAGGGAGACCUGGAAACUGGAUUUGCUGAAUCUGAACAUCUGUUGGAAGGAGAGAUGAGAUUUGGAGGACAGGUAAGUUAUUGAAGAGUUUUGGAAUCAGGCUUAGACUUACGCUACAAAGCCUAAUUGAUCUCUAACCAUGUCUAACUUUUACAGAAGCAGCUAUAGAUGUGUUUUUUCUAGGAACACUUCUAUCUGGAGACGCAAGUUACAAUCGCUGUUCCAAAGGGAGAAGAUGGCGAGAUGGAACUUUUUGUUUCCACACAAAAUCCAACAUUGACACAGGUAUGUUGGAGAGAUACUCAGUCUUUCUAAAUCUCUCCUGCAUAUUUGCUGACAAGUAUGGCAAUACAAUUCAUCUCAGGAAAAAAUUGCUAGGCAUGUUGAUGUAUGAUCAAACAGCCAAUUUUAUGUGAAAUGGGAGUAACAUGUUACUACAUCGGCUGGUUGUGUUUUAGCAGAGAACAAUGUUUAAAAGAACGACGGUAAAAAACUGAUUCUAAUCGCUAGAUACACAAAUAAUAACUUACUUAAGUUAACCUAACCUAAAUAACGUGGACAACGGAACAUAUUUAUACUGCUACUUACAUAACGUAACGUAAUGGAAGGUGGUCACAAUAAAUUCUUCAUAAUCAACACUAAGUUGGGUGCUAUUUGCAAUCAACACCACAGAUUAUCCAUGAAGAAAAUCAUCCUACUUUCAUACUCUAUACCAGCCGCACAAGCGAGAGGUUUAUGUAACCUUCUCUUUGUGUAUCUGUAGAAACUUGCUGCAAGAGCUCUUGGAGUUCCGCACAACAGAGUUGUGGUGCGAACCAAACGACUGGGUAAGUUUCUUUGCAUUUCCUUGAAUCGCGAAGUCUUUAAUUGCGAAACAUCUUUCAUCCAUCACCAUCUCUAUGAGGUCGGUGAAAGCCGAUUAGGCAACACACCAACCACUUACAAAAUGCAAAAGUACAAAUCAUAUGCUACAAUAAUAACUACAUUACAGAAUAAAAAAUUAACUCUUCAAAUCGACACGCUCUUAUUAAGCUAAUAAACCAAGGUAAUUUUGCAUUCGACGAGAGUAAUAUCAGGGAUAUCAGGAAGGAGCUGAUUCCAGUCUCUAGCAGUUCUUGGGAAAAAGGAAAAUUUGAACACGUCCUUCUCAAGGUGAAGUUCAAGAAGGUUAAGCUAAUGGCUGCUCCUGGUUCGUUGACAGUCGAACAAAAAUCCAAUCUCGACCCCGAGUCGCGAAUCGGCAUACCAUUGGAUUGGCUAGUACAACAAACAAAUAGAAAACAGGCAAAAAAAGAAAACGGGCUUCGAUUCCAGCUCUGAGAACUUGACAAACUGAAAUGUGCAGUUGUCUUUGUUCGUGAAGGUGCUUUUGCUCCCGUAGGUGGUGCCUUUGGAGGCAAAGAAUCACGGAACUGUUUUCUGACAAACGCAGUCGCUGUUGCUGCUGCAAGGUAAGUGUUCCUUUACUUUCAGUACAAACCGGCAUUUAAAUGUGUCGUUACCUCUGUUGGAAUUUCAAGUUGAUAAAACCACAAUUUGGAUCCAUUCAAAGGUUCAGAGAGAGGUAACAAAUCUGUUCGUAUUUAUCGCAUUCAUUCUAAAUAAUUUUUUUUUCUGACACGGUAAACUUGAGUGUCUAGGAAGUUAUCCUAGUUUGAGGAAGGCCCCUGAAUUCUUUUUUCAUCUUUUUUAAAGAACUGGUAAACCUGUUAGGUGCAUGCUUGAUCGAGAUGAAGACAUGAAGAGCACUGGAACGCGGCAUCCUUUCUUAGCGAAGUACAAGGUAGCUAUUAUAAGUAUAUUUUUAAAAUUGUCUAGCUAAAAGGUUUCAAUAUUGAGAAAUCGUUCCCCGAAGACGCAUGUACAUAGGUGCUAGCAAAUGGUUUUAAACGUUCCCAUUUCCCAAACACGUUCAUGCCCUACGAUAGACCUUUGUCAAGAAGAAUACUUCUUUAAAUAUGAUAUUAUUUGUAACUGAUUUUCAACGUGAAAAUGGAGAAUUUAAACUACGCCCGAUAAUUAUAUGUUUACGUUUUUCCUUCUCUAGUUGAGUUUUACAUUCGAUGGAAAGGUAAAGUCUUGUGUUCCCAUUUCCCAACACAUUCAUGCCUUACGAUAGAUCUUUGUCAAGAAGAAUACUUCUUUGAGCAUGAAAUGGUUUGUAAUUGAUUUUCAACAUGAAAAUGGAGAAUUUUAAACUAUGCCCGAGAAUUAUAUGUUUACGUUUUUCUUGUCCUAGGUGGGUUUUACAUUCGAUGGAAAAAUAAAGUCUUAUGACGUCAAGUUGUACAAUAAUGCUGGAAACACACUGGAUGUUUCUGAAAUGGUAGGACUGAUUUGUUUUUGGACUCUGCACAGACACUUAAUGGAACUCUAGGUAGAGUCUGCGCGUUGCAAUGGACAAUCCAUGAACUCUAAUGUGAUCCCAUUAAGGCGUUGCCAUUUAGCGGUUUUUUUUAAGAAACUCGUGAGAUAAUUAGCAUAUCAAACUUUGUGUUUAAUUUUUGGUAGACAAUGGCACUGGAUUACCUUCCUUUUAUGGGCAUUUUAAUUGUUUACAGCUUAGAGGCUCUAUUGUUUCUAGAACAAAGGUUUGAAAGAACCGACGCUUUGCCAAUUUCCGAGCGCGAGAUUCAAAUAUUCGUUGACUACCAGAUGUUGACAAGAAGACGGUUAGAAUUUCGUGAACUGUUAUGAAUUUCCGAGUUCCAUUUUUUUCCGAAGAAGUCGGUGAUAAACUCUAAUGGCCUUUCAAAAAUUAAAAUUUGUUUCAUUUGUUCAGAUGAGAACCCGACACGUUCGGGGUAUGUUGCAAAAGGGCAUAUACUCUUUCUGCGAUUAACCAACGUGAAGAUCAGUGGGAAGACUAUUUAAUGGCAUUUAUUGUUAUCAGCCUAACGGGUUUGUAACUCUGCUGGCUUUUCAUAUCCACUUUGCCAGGUCAUGAAAAGAUCAAUAUACCAUAUGGCAAACUGCUACCUCAUUCCAAACAUUCGUGGGGUUGGCCGCCUCUGUAAAACUAACAUUGCAUCAACCACAGGGUUCAGGGGCUUUGGUGUUCCACAGGUAAGACAUUGAAAAAAACUUGCUUUUGAAGUAUGUACAAAACAAACGGUAGAAUGUCUUAAAUAAGACCAAGAAAUCGAAUCGACCGUUCAGAGCAAUUUUCAGUUUAAGGUCGAAAGUAAUAUAUACGAGACUAGUUUUGUUUCACUUCGCUCUGUGAUUGGUCAAGGAAACUCGCGCAACUCACCCAACCAAUCAGAUGCAAAAUUAAAAUCAUCACGACUUGGUCGCUCGCGUUUUCCCGCGCUUUUGGCAAUUUGGUUGUUUUUCCUCUGGGUUCUCAUUGGUUCGCAAAGGUAUUUCCUCUCUUCUGAUUGGCCGUUGUGAUUACAUUGGUUUUGGUUUUAUGUCACUCAACCAAAAAGCGCUCUAUUCUCCUUAACUAGUAUUGAAUAUGAUUAAAGAUUGGUAAAGUCCUGUAAACAACCUUCGAACAUCAAGAGACAUCAAUCGCCACUGGCUUCGCUCAUGCUUAUUUUUUCAAUUGUCCACUGAUGAAAAAGAGAAAUUGAUAAACCGUUCUGAUGGCUAACGAUUUUGUUUGCAGAGUAUGUUGUUUUGUGAGUCACUGAUUUCUGACAUUGCAACCAUCUGUGGUAUUUCCCAAAGAGAGGUCAGUUGUGUGUCCUAACCGUCGAUCAAAUAGACAUUAAAUUUAUUUAGAGCGAUGUAGCAAUGAUUGUUCUUACAUUAGAAGGCUUGUUAGACUUACCGUACUCGAAUAAAGAACAAAAACGUGAGAAACUGUCUGAUUAGGAUUGAUCGUUAUGUGGAAUUCCCUCUAUACCCCAUUCCACCCUAUUCGGUCAAACAGAUGGAAAACGAUUUAGGAAUUUAAAUUAAAUUAAAUUAAUUUCAUUUUGAGCUACCGACAAACUGUUUUAAGUAGAGAAGUGAUUUUUACUUAAGAAAAAGAUGUACCGACUGAAGUAAGAACUUAUCAAUAUAACGACACACGAGAAUCAACAAAGAGUAGAAGGUUUGGUAUUCGGUGAGGAUCACGUGUUGUUUUGUUCAAAUCUUUGAAAAUCGCAUAAUGAGUCACCUUUCGUUUCACCAACAGGUGCGGGAACUGAAUUUUUACACAGAAGGAGAUUUAACUCACAUUAACCAAGAAUUGACGAAUUGCCAGCUUCAGCGAGUAUGGAAUGAACUAGUAGAGAAAUGCGAGUACGAGAAACGGAGAAAACUCGUCCAAUCCUUUAACAGGUAACGUCUGAAACUAUUUUCACCCAUCUCGCUUUUUCGUGCUUUGGUUAGGCGGGCUAGCACAAACGAUUCACGAUAUUCUUUCCAAUCCUGAAAUGUAAAAAAGUUAUUACCUUUUUAAACAAAAUUUAUACUGAUUUAAGGGAAAAUCGAUGGAGGAAACGUGGAAUUUCGUUGAUACCCACUAUGCUCGGUAUUGGAGUUGCUUUACGCGCCAAAAAUCAGGUAUGAAAUCUGCAUUGAAAGCUUCCGUCAACAACUUUCCUCAGUUAAUCGCCUCGUAUCAACAGUACGUGAUUUUUUUUAUAUUCAGGCUGGAGCUCUGGUGCAUGUUUACACAGAUGGAUCAGUUCUUUUAACUCAUGGCGGAACAGAAAUGGGCCAAGGACUACACACCAAAAUGGUGCAGGUGAGAUGUCUGUCAGUCUGAUGAGCUGUUCCUGUUUAUGACUUCAUGUCGUUGAAACGACAAGUGCAGUGAGGUUAUACAAAACGUGACGACAUGAACUCAAAUUUCAACUUUCCUAUGUUAUAUUUUUGCAGGUAGCAGCUAGAUGUUUAAGUAUUCCAGCAUCCAAAAUCAUAAUAAGUGAAACAAGUACAAACACAGUUCCUAAUACUACCCAGACAGGAAGUUCUGCCUCCUCUGAUCUCAACGGCAUGGCGGUUAAAGUAAGAAUUGUCAACACCUUUGUCGCGCAAGAGCGCUUUUUUCGUGAGAUCUGUACAUAUAGAAUUACUGAAAACUGAAAGAUUCGAUAUAAACAAUCACAGCUCAGGGAGCGGAUAGAAACUCAAAGGAACGACAGGUAAAAGUACAGUGCCUGGAGUGAAGAAAAACGCGAGCAACGGAGUCACGAUGGGUUUUUUUUUUCAUUCGAUCAGCCGUGAGAGUUACGUGCGUUUCCUGGACCAACUUUGAGCGUCGUAAAGCAAAACCAACCGUUAAACGCUCAUAUAACAAUUUGUUCAAUUGUGCAACAUACAUCUAGCUUUCCUUUUUCUCGUAUCUUUCCCGCCAUCGACGUACAGGUUAUGCCCUGCCCUAAAGAAACUUUCGACCAAAAGAGUGUAAGGUUGAGGGGGAGGGGUGGGGGAGAAUGGAAAAUAAAUGACACACUCAAGGGGUUGAUGAAGUUUCCACCAAAGAAAGGACUUACAACCUAUUGACAAACAGAAAAAAAAUUGAAUGAGUAAAAGGAUGGACAAAGCAUCAGUACGCUUGCUAAUGUCGUUUGCAGAAUGCUUGUGACCAAAUACUGGACAGACUCAAGCCUUAUCAGAUGGAGGAUCCCAAGGGAAAGUGGGAGGACUGGGUACACGCGGCCUACUUUGACCGCGUGAACCUCUCUGCAAGUGGGUUUUACAAGUAAGGAUAAUAAUUACAGUCUAAGCUAUGUCAAGUAUAUACUUUCCACAAUGUGCCCCCCCCCCCAUCCAUAAAGUUCUGUUUUGGGGUUCAGAGUCUUUUUUGCCUUUUUUCUUCCCCUCCCCUCCCCUCCCCUGCCCCACCACUCCCACAAUCUCUUACGUAAGGUUCCUAAUUCGUGUUCUUUUUGUUUUUAAAAAUAAAAAUUCCCUCUGUUUUUUUGCUAACUCAAUGACGAUUUUCUAAGUUAAGCCGAUUUUAAUGAAAGUUUGUGCUGAUAUUGAUUCGGUCAUUUUUUUAAAUCUUACAGAGUGCCCGAUCUCAAUUACGAUUGGAAAACUAAUUCAGGGCGUUUGUACAAUUAUUACACUUAUGGUGCUGCCUGUUCUGAAGUGGAAAUCGAUUGUCUAACAGGAGAUCAUCAAGUGGGUGACGUCUUACUCGCAUCGCUAUUGCAAGUCUUUUCGAACUAAAUAAUGUAACUAAGCACCUUAUACGUGAACGUCUGCCUAGAUCUUUUACACUAUUUGGCGGCCUUAGAAGAUAUAGGUAUUAGAGGUAUUAGACAAGGUCGCAACUUAAAAAAGGGAAAGCAAAAUUCCAAAUCUCGGACUGUUAAACAUGUUUCAAUUCUCUCGAGAACUAAGGAAACUGCACCUGUCAAAAAAAUUACAUAACUUGCUUUUCUUCAAACAAACUUUUUGAGCUGGGAGGAGACGCGUAAGUUAACAAAGGUCGUAGCCAUACUUCAGAGUGCUCGUCUGUGCGCAGUCUCUCUAUUUAACCCCAGUCACUUUUAACAAAUAAAACAUUUUUGAGUUGAUUUGACAAUCAUCUCUAACUUCAAACUAUUCGCUCAAUACUUGUAACGCUUUUUUGGGGUGAAUUUGUGUGAACAGGUUCUUCGCACAGACAUUGUGAUGGAUGUCGGUACCAGUCUCAAUCCAGCUAUCGACAUCGGCCAGGUCAGUAACCUUAUCCCAUCAUACCCUGCGAGGACGUUAUUUGUAUCAAUAUAUUUCACUUCGGUGUUAUUUAUUUAAUUAGAAUCGUAAAUGCCUUUACUCUAAGUCACUCUUAGCUGGCGGAGAUGUUCGUCUGACUUCCGGUAAGUUACUUACUACCGGUGAUUCGCAAUUGAAAUGGCCAAUCAAAAUGCACGGAAAUGUUACGUGUCAAGCAAAACCAUUGCAAUUCCUGAUAGUUUCAUCAAUCUGUUGAAAGCUGACUUAAUCUUUUAUAUCAAAGUCUGCAAUUAUCUGUUACUCUUGCACUUCCUCAUGUCAUAAAUGUUUUGGUUAUGUCCUCAGAUCGAAGGCGCUUUUGUUCAGGGACUCGGCAUGCUUACGCUAGAGGAAGUACGAUGUUCUCAGAAUGGCACCCUAUGGACGACAGGGCCAGGGACCUACAAGAUUCCUGGAUUUGCAGACAUUCCGGUAGAGUUCAAUGUCCAUCUUCUUCAGAAAGCUCCAAACGACAUGGCCAUUUAUUCUUCGAAGGUAUUUUACACACUCAAGGGCUUAUAUUUUAAGGGGAAUUGCACCGCGUUCGCCCCCUAUCGAGUUCGCCCCUUCGAGUUCGCCCCUACCUUAUGCCGUGUUCGCCCCACACUUUUCGAGUUCGACCCCAUCAAGUCGAGUUCGCCCCUUGAUUGAGUGAUAUCCAGAUGAGUUGAUUUGUGACGAAGGCACUAGUAGAAUGUGCCAAAUGUCACGUCAGCGACGACCAUUUUGAAUUUCGGAAAUUGCGUGAACCUGCUUGGGAACUGGGUUGACGGAAUCAACUAAAUACUAUGCGUGGGAUCUGGGAAUACCAGAAAUAACUGUAUAAACUGAACUUGUGAUAAAGAGAACCACACUUAAUCAAAACAACAUUGCUUAACUUAUUAUUCAGACUGGAAAAGAUGCAAACCAACCUCGGUUUAUCUAACGAACACGAAAUGUUCGGUAGAUAAACUUGGUUCUAACUUGUUUGCAAUGUUCGAUAGCAACUAAUUUAGACAUGACUCAAUCUGGGGGCGAACUCGAAAAGUGUGGGGGCGAACACGGUAUAAGGUAGGGGCGAACUCGAUAGGGGGCGAAAGCGGCGGAUACCUUUUAAGGGUACUCUAUUUUUUCAAUGAUGAUCGACCGAUCGACAGUGACUGCCUUACUGACUCACUCAUUAACUGACUCACUGACUGACUCAUUGACAGUCAGACUGAUUUACUUACUGACCCACCGCUUGAGUCCCUGACAGACUAGCUGCUGGACUUGACCAAUUGACUGUCUGACCGACCAACAAAGUGAUUGUCUGUUUACCUGUCUGUCUGUCUGACUGACUGUCUGACUGACCAACUAACCGGCUAACUGACCAAUCAUGAAUAAAGGGGGUACGUUUCUUAAGAAACUGUGGUGCUGCAUCAGUAGGAGAGAAUAACAGGGUAAUUUAGUAUUAUAAACUGAGUUGAUAACGUAAAUUGGCCACCUUCAGAGCGAUUGGGCUAACGCUCGAAACGUCGGCUUUUAAACUCUUUACGGUGGCCAAUUUACACUAUCAACUCAGUUAAUAAUACUAAAUCACCCUGUUAUUCUCUCCUACCGACGCAGCACCACGUUUGUCUUGUCACUGGACCUGUUGAACGGAUGCAAGAUUAUUGGAACUGGAAUAAAUCACAUUUUAAACCAAACUGGUAAACAAUAGAGUCUCGUAUUUAAUUUCAGGGCGUUGGAGAACCUUCUUUGUUUUUAGCUGCAUCUGUAUUCUUCGCCAUUAAAGAGGCCAUCACCGACGCCAGGUGAGACUUAUCUCCUAAAUUCUGCAGCAAAGUGAGGCGAAGCGUAACAUUAAUAAAUAUGUUAGAGCUCCAAAUUCUCAGGCUAGGGCAACAAUUUUUAGCUCUAGUUUUAAUAAUCAUAAGGAAAUUGGCUGACCGAAAGGGCAUGAGUUGCGCUAGCAUGUUGACGUCCUGACCGAGGCAAAGUUAAAGAUUAAAGUGUAAAUUAAUUUCAUCGUUUUUUCUUCACAGACGUGAAUCAGGUAUUGAAGGGAUUUUCAGACUGGACAGUCCUGCCACCAGUGAGCGUAUCAGAAUGGCUUGUAUUGACCAGUUUACACAACAGGUAACAAAGUCACAACUGCAUGCUUGUUUUCUUCUCUUGUGUUGUGCGUAACAACUAUACAAGCGCUGUCUAUUGUUCCUGAUUAUUCUUGAUUUCAUUUCUUAAUUUUAUUUUCUCAGUUUACCGCCGUUGCGGAUUCCAGCGUGAAGGACUUUAAUGUGUACCCAUGAAGAAACCAAAGCUCAAAAGCUGAUUUUGUGACAGGAGAAUUUUGAUCGCAACAACGAAAUUGAUAUCAUUUAAUUAUUUAAUAAUAAGAAUAACUUUGCAAAUAUUAAAAUAUUUUUCUUCC